ACGACACCAGUAGCAGCUCAGACAGCGAAAAUUACGUUUCUGACAUCGGUGACAGCAACGCCACAGAAAAGGUCACGUGUAUUACUAGCCCAUCACCAGGCACAGCUUCUCAGGCUUCGAACUACAUCGAAUCUCAUCUCAUUCCUGAAACUGUCUCGGUUGGAAAUACCAGUAGCGAUAUAACAGAACAAGCAAGAAACACGGAACGAAUGGACCGGAUGGAAAAAAUGAUCGCUGGCAUAAAUGAGGCUUUGAUGCGUUUUCAGCCCACACCCAGAACCACUCCCAGUGAAAAUCAGGACAACAGCUGGAACCUAUCCAACGAUGUCAAUUCUUGCACAAACUCCAGCGGAAGUAACUCCUCCAGCAUUCGAUGGGAACAUAUAAAACCGUUUCCUAGUGGCAUCGCUGCCAACAAAAUGUGGGAGGAGUGGAACCGCUACCUCGAAAAUUUCGAGAUUGCAGCUUCGCUCAGCAACAUGAAUGACCCGGUAAAAAGGACACAAUUGCUGUUUCUCUCAAUGGGUAAUGAACUACAAGAGAUAAUUAAAGCUGCUAAACUACGACCAAGCUUGACCAACUCGGACUGCUAUCGAAUCUUCGUCGAAAAUAUCAAAUGCUACUUCCGUUCGAUGACAGACACUGCCGCCGAACACGAAGCCUUCUCUAGAAUGAAGCAAGAGAACGGCGAGGCCGCAGUCGCUUUUCAUGCGAGGCUAAUGUGCAAGGUGCGCUCGUGCAACUACAGCACAGAAGACGAAGAUAGAUUCGUACGAGCACAGUUACUAAGUGGAUUAAAAAACCGGGAAUUGGUUAAGCAAGCUCGCACAUACGGAUACGAGACUAAUUUUAUUGUCCAGUCAGCGACGAGAGAUGAGGCAUUUCAAGCCGAGACAAACCGCCCGGACCCUUUCGAAGUCAACAGACUACAUCGUUCCAAGUCGUACGAUCGGAGUAAUCGUAAGCGGCCAAACGCAAGCUCUAGAAAUAUGGAGACAUCGAGCAAACGAAUUCGUGGAAAUACACCGACCCAGUGGACAGAAGAACGCCGUUCCAGAUGUGCGCGAUGUUUCCUGUACAGCCAUGGUAACGGGCAAUGUCCGGCGCUAAACCGUAAUUGUAACAAGUGUGGGAAGCGCGGACAUUUUGUUGCAGCAUGUCGCCAGAAACAACUGAACACCAUGCAGUAUGAUCGCAGAGAAAGAUCCAUGGACAGUACAUCAUCGAGAGAACACGAAUACGAGAAUGCCAAGCAGGUACUUAAAGAAUAAUCUUAACUGACGAUGUUCACUUCUUUAUCUUUUGUUUUGUUCUAAUAAAGUUGAAUUCAUACUGAUACACAUAUUCUUGAUUAUUAUUGAACGCAGGAAGUUAAUGCACUAUCCUUAGAUGACGUCUUGAUAGACUGCUCUGUCGGAUCUUCCAGUCCUAUAAGCUUUUUAAUAGACUCGGGUGCUGAUGCGAAUAUCAUUGGUGGGAAAGACUGGGAACAGCUUGAACGUGAGACCAGACAAGGCGUAGCAACGAUUGAAAUGAUUGGCCGUAAUUCAAGGAACAAAUUCCACGCAUAUGGAUCACAGGAUCCGAUAGUCAUCGAAUGCAGCUUCAAAGCUAAAAUCAAUACCAUUAAACCAUGUUCAUCGGAAUUGAUCAAACCUGCUAUCUUUCACGUCGUACUUAGAGGGAAAAGAUCCCUCCUUGGACGGUCUACUGCAAGCGACAUGGGACUGCUACUUAUCAGCAACAGCGUGAACAGCUGUGAAAACGAAGGAAUUUUCCCGAUAAUGCCAGGCGUAAAAGUGAAGUUUAGUGUCAACCCGAAUAUUCCACCAACUAAAAACGCCUACUACAAUGUGCCAGCAGCAUACCGAGAAGCCGCAAGGCAAAGACUGCACGAAAUGGAAUCGCGCGGAAUAAUUGAAAAGGCCACUUCCGCUCCGACCUGGAUAAGUGGCAUGUCCGCUGUGGCCAAGGGGAGCAACGACUUUAGGCUCGUAGUCAAUAUGCGCGCUCCCAAUCGGGCCAUAAACCGUGAAUACUAUAGGCUACCAUUGCUCGAUGAGAUGAGAAUAAAACUUAACGGCGCCAGGUUUUUCUCUAAACUUGAUUUGAGUAACGCCUUUUACCAUCUCGAGUUAUCAGAGGAAUCACGAGACCUAACUACAUUCCUAGCCGAAGAUGGGAUGUACAGGUUUACUCGCCUCAUGUUCGGCGUUAAUUGCGCGCCUGAGAUCUUUCAGCGGGAGAUGGCUCGCAUUCUGAAAGACAUCGAUAACGUCAUUGUAUUCAUAGACGACAUUCUCAUCUUCUCCGAUUCGCUGGAAGGUCUUCGAGCAACAGUUGCUAAAGUGCUACAGAUCCUGAAAGAUAAUAAUUUGACGUUAAAUAUGAAGAAAUGUGAAUUUGACCAAACCAGGUUGAAAUUCCUCGGCCACGAGCUUGAUUCCGAUGGGUUCCAUAUCGAUCAUGAAAAGACCAAAAGUGUACGCAGCUUCAGAGAACCUACGACACUAGAAGAAUCUAAGCGAGCACUGACACGGGCCGAUGGGUGGGCACUCCGAUUAAGCCCGUACAACUACGACGUUGAGUACGUCCGCGGUAGGGAGAACAUCGCAGAUACAUCUUCGAGACUCUACAAUGGAGAAGAUGAGUCUUUCGAUGAAGAAACGAGUCCGUGGGAAAUUGCGACGUUAGAAGCGAACGCCGUUGAAUUCUUGACGGAAACGGAUAUCAAAAUCAAAACCAGCGAGGACGACGUGCUAUUGAGGGUAAUAAGCGCAAUCGAAUCAGGGAUUUGGUCUAAGGAUCUGCGAAAAUACCAACUGGUUGGGAGCGAUUUGGCCAUCCAAAACGGAAUCGUCAUCAAGACAGGUUGCGCUGUAAUACCCUUGUCUCUUCAAGUACGAGCCUUGGAAGUUGCGCACGAAGGUCAUCCAUCCAUUGCCAAGAUGAAAAGCAUUAUGCGGCAACGCGUAUGGUGGCCUGGCAUGUCGGGAGAUAUUAUGAAGUGGGUUGAAUCAUGUAAAAUAUGCUGCUUAAACGGAAAACCGGAAAAGCCUACACCGAUGGAGAGAGUGUUUGCUCCAAAGACCGCAUGGGAGUCCAUCGCAAUGGAUUUUAAUGGGCCGUACAUAAAAUAUGGUGGCAUUCUGAUCUUAGUUAUAAUUGACUAUAGAUCUAGAUUCAUCAUCGCUCGGCCUGUAAAGUCCACAAAAUUUGAAUGCGUACGGAAAGUUCUUGAUAGUGUGUUCCAACAAGAAGGCUAUCCAAAAGCUAUAAGAACAGAUAAUGGGCCGCCGUUUAAUAGUACUGACUUUGCGGAAUAUUGCAAACAGCGGGAUGUAACACUCACAUUCUCUACACCUCUUUUCCCGCAGCAAAACGGACUUGCAGAGAGCUGCAUGAAAUUGAUAAAUAAGGCUAUGUGUACUGCCACCUGUAAUAGCACUAAUUACAUUGACGAACUAAAAGCGCCAUCAAUGCUCACAAUGCUGCAGAGCAUAGCGUAA